AGCGCCCCCUAGCCGCGCGAGCACGUGAUUAGCACAAACAGACCUGUGACGUAAACACACCUACAAAGAUGGCGGCAUUGGUCGCGCCUCGCCUGGCCAUGUCUGGCAGUUUUUGUGCAAGACCCAUUUCGUCAUUGUUUCUUCAGCAGAAGAGUCUGCACGGUGCCGCUAAAAGUGAGAAUACCACCACAAGUGUGGUUCCCAUCCGAGAGAAAAGCACGGCAGUGGCGGCUGCCAAACCAUCGUCUGUAGCCAGCAGCAAGGGAGAGUAUGUCAUCACCAAACUGGAUGACCUCAUUAAUUGGGCACGCAGGAGCUCUUUGUGGCCUAUGACCUUCGGCUUAGCCUGCUGUGCGGUGGAGAUGAUGCACAUGGCAGCACCCCGCUACGACAUGGACCGCUUCGGCGUAGUGUUCAGAGCUAGUCCCAGACAGGCUGAUGUCAUGAUUGUGGCCGGGACACUGACAAACAAAAUGGCUCCAGCGCUGAGAAAGGUGUACGACCAGAUGCCUGAGCCAAGAUACGUCAUUUCCAUGGGAAGCUGUGCAAACGGAGGCGGCUACUAUCACUAUUCUUAUGCUGUCGUCAGAGGCUGUGACCGAAUUGUACCAGUGGAUAUUUAUGUUCCAGGGUGCCCACCCACUGCAGAGGCUCUCCUCUAUGGAACAUUGCAGUUGCAGAAAAAGAUCAAACGUGAGAAGAAGUUGGCAAUCUGGUAUCGGAAGUAAAUAUAGGCAUCAUUUAUGACUGUGUAUGUGUGUAUAUAUACAGCUGGGCUUGUGGUUCUGGUUUCAUUUGGGGCGUCAGUCGUCCUCAGUGUAGAUGUGCAAGAAAUCUCUUGAAUAAAGUCAAUGUUAUUUAA